CCCUCCCCAGCAUCCCCAUUAUUACCACUAUGAUCCGUAAUCUUCGACCACUCCUCUCCAAAAUCCCCGCCCCAUCACACGCCUCCACUUCACUCCGAUCCCUGUCCUCCACACCUCUUCGAUCUCUCGCUUCCCCUGCUCCACCAGAAGGUCGAGCCAGUCCUCUCCGCACCCAUUCGGUAGAGGAACUGCAUGACCUCACUGCUGAGCAAAUCCUACAUGAAUCUGGUAAUCGGAACGAAGCCAGCAUGCGUCAUUUCACUGUCAACUUUGGACCUCAACAUCCCGCCGCUCACGGUGUGCUCAGAUUGAUCUUGGAAUUGAACGGGGAGGAAAUUCUUCGAGCCGAUCCUCAUAUCGGUUUGCUGCAUCGAGGGACGGAAAAGCUCAUCGAGUACAAAAAUUAUACCCAGGCUUUACCUUACUUUGACCGACUAGAUUAUGUGUCAAUGAUGACAAAUGAAUUGUGUUAUUCUCUAGCAGUGGAGAAACUUCUUAACAUCGAAGUACCAGAAAGAGCUAAAUGGAUCCGAACUUUGUUUGGGGAGAUUACUAGGAUUCUCAAUCAUUUGAUGGCUGUUCUCACACAUGCAAUGGACGUCGGUGCUCUUACUCCCUUCCUCUGGGGUUUCGAAGAGCGUGAAAAGCUGAUGGAGUUUUAUGAACGUGUUUCCGGAGCAAGAAUGCACGCUGCAUAUGUCCGACCUGGUGGUGUAGCCUUUGACCUUCCACAUGGAUUAUUAGACGAUAUCUUCAAAUGGGCAACUCAGUUCAGUUCAAGAGUAGAUGAGAUUGAAGAGGUCGUCACUGGUAAUAGGGUGUGGAAAGGAAGGACGAUUGAUAUUGGAAAAGUCACCGCCCAACAGGCUUUAGAUUAUUCUUUCUCUGGUGUCAUGUUGCGUGGCUCUGGUAUCCCGUGGGACAUAAGAAAAGUCGCCCCUUAUGACUCAUACGACAAAGUCGAAUUUGAUGUUCCUGUCGGUAAGAAUGGAGAUUGUUACGAUCGUUAUCUUUGUCGUGUUCAGGAAUUCCGAGAGUCUUUGAGGAUUAUCGAUCAAUGUCUCAACAAGAUGCCAACUGGAGCGAUUAAAGUAGACGAUCAUAAGAUUGUGCCUCCUCCCCGAGCGUCGAUGAAAGAGAGUAUGGAGUCCUUGAUUCAUCAUUUCAAGAUCUUCUCAGAAGGUUACUCCGUUCCCCCCGGCGAAACCUAUUCGGCUAUCGAAGCUCCCAAAGGAGAAAUGGGAGUGUAUCUCGUCUCGGACGGUUCGAACCGACCGUAUAAAUGCAAAAUCCGUGCACCUGGAUUCGCUCAUUUGGCGGGAUCAGACUUUAUGAUGAGACAUCAUUUCUUACCUGAUGCAGUGGCCAUUAUCGGGACCAUGGAUCUGGUGUUUGGGGAGGUCGAUAGAUAGAUUUUAUUCUAUGCAUUGCACUCGAGUC